AAACAGUCUAGUAUGAAACAGUAGCAUCUGAAGGUUGCCAUGAAAACCAAGCAUAUAUUUGUUAGCAGUACUAAGUGGUAGGGGUUGCAGAAGAAGAAUCCAUAAGCAUUCUUUAUCCUCGUGUGUUUCUUUCAGGAUAUGUUCCUUAAAUCAUUAUGGUCGUUAGUUUACUUUGGCUUUCCUCAUCUAUGGAGCUGGUCAGGCAAGGGAAAAGCUCCUCUCCAAAAUGGAAACUUGUAGAAACUGACAUCUGUAGAUGGUAGCUCUGUACUCCUUCUCUAACUGACCUUUCUUGAUGAAUCAGAACUACAGCUUGGUUGAAGGGGAAAGGCCAUCUCUUCCACGUAGAAGAAGGGAUCCUGUACAACAAACUUAUACAAGUGUUAUGGGGCCAGUGUCGUGUAGUGGUUUGAUUUUGACAUAUUGAGGGGGAAGUCACAUUUAAAGAAUAUUGUUUCAGAUUGGCUUGUGUUGAAAGGAACGUAAUGAUAUGUUAGCUUCAAACAGUGAUCGUUUCUGGUGCUUCUGGUACUGAAACUGAGACAUAUUGAAGGCCAAGUUGCAGCCUAUUUCUGUCUCUUCUGUUUCUGCCUGUGUCCCUGACCUAGAAGUAUUUGUUUUCUAGGUUCAGAGAUGUCUGAGUAUGAUGCAGGUCUAUGGGGAGCACUGCCCUUAUAGAAGGAGAAGGAGCUGUAUUCACAGAGGAAGGGAUGAGUGUGUAGCCGAGGAGAUUAGGAUCAUAUUUCAGGUUGUCUGAAGGGCAAUUGCAGUCCCAGAAAUAGUUUCAAAUACAUUUAGCAGAUGUGAUGUAUGUAGCACUUAGAGUGGUGCCUGUUCCCGGAAUGUACUGCAGGGAUACAAUCAAGAGAGGGAAGAAAGUUUGAUGAGUAUAAAACAUUUAAACUUGCAUCCUUAGAGUAAACAAACUGUCCAAUUCCAUGGCACUUUACUAAGAUAUGGUUAUUAAGCUAAGUUUAUUGGCUGCUGGCCCCUAACUUCAUCAACAUGACAGUUAUAACUGCUAAGGAAUUUGUUGAGCCAAACUGAAUAACUAUUCAUUACUGAUGAAAAUUAGAUAUUUCAAUUUGUGUCAGCCAACAAAAUCCUGGAGACCACCAGCACACCAGCACUUUGACACGGUGUCUGUUGUUCCAUUAAAGCUGGAAGAGGAGCAUAUGCAGACCCUGAGGAGGAAAGAUUUGGAAGUGCAGAGCUUGACUUUGCAGAACAAACUGGAAGAAAAGACUUGGAGCCAGGAGAAGAGUUUGCUGCAGCAAGAACUCAGACAUUUCAAGCAGGACACUUUCCUCGUAUAUGUCAAACUGAAGUGGCUGCUGAAACAUUGGCGGCAAGGCAAGCGAAUGGACGAUGAUGCGGAGGACAUAUUAGAGAUCGAGCAUCUUGAAGCCCUCCCAGAAUUUGGCAUUCAGUCUGAGCAGAAGGCGGAUGAUACGGAGCGAGAGGAGGAGGAAGAGGAUGUUGUGUUUGCACUGACAGAUUUCUCCCAGCGUCCCACUGCAGAGAGUGCAGAUCACGGACCACAGCUGCAGACUGCAGAGUUACUGCAGCAGCAGAAGCAGGCAAGUGAGAAUCGGAAGCUGCUGAGUGCUGUGAAGGGCCUGCUGGAUGACUUCCGCUCCGAGCUGCGGGACGAUGAGCGCGAGCGCCAGGGGCUCCAGCAGCAGUAUGCCCUGGACAAGGCAGCUUGGGAGGUGGAAAUGACUGAGCUGAAGUGCCAUCUGGAACAGCUGGAAGGGAAGAAUGAGAGCAGCUUAGCAGAAACAGGCCUCACUUCUGAUGCAAAGGGAGCUUUUAAACGGGAAAGAGAGGAGCAUAAGAAGCUUCUGGCUGAGACUCACGGUGUGGUGAUGGACCUCCGCUGGCAAAUCCAGCACAGUGAGAAGAACUGGAACCGAGAAAAAGUGGAACUCCUGGACAGGCUUGAUAGAGACCGGCGAGAAUGGGAACGCCAAAAGAAAGAGCUGCUCAGGCGAAUAGAGCAGCUUCAGAAAGAAGUGAGCCCACGAAGAGGAGGGGGCUUUCUAUGUGACCAGAAGGAGAGUAACCUUCGUCCAUUUACGACCCAGGGGAACCUUCAUAUGCCCCGUCCGAUGGGAUCAAGAUCCUACUCUGACUCGGAUGCCAUUCAGUUUGAUGACCGGUCACUGUCCAAGCUGAAGGAGAGCGAUCGGUGCAGCGCCACAGAGAACCUCUUCCUGGAGUCACUGUCUCUUGAUUCCCCCGAUGAGUCGGAGGAGCAUCGCUCCCGGCAGCUGGAGCGAGAGAAAUUUGUGACCGGAUUAACAGAAGAGGAAGAAACACACAAAGGAAAUCUUCAAAGGGCAAUGUCCGUUUCUUCCAUGUCAGAAUUCCAGCGCUUAAUGGAUAUUUCUCCAUUUCUACCAGAAAAAAACUUGCCUUUAUCCAGCAGCAAAGAUGACAUAACCCCUCCUUUGUCACCUGAUGAUCUGAAAUACAUUGAGGAUUUCAACAAAAACUGGGAUUACAGUAGCACCAGGAAUCAUGGGGGGGGCACCGAGAAGCCUGCAGAAGGGUGGACAGAAUCUGGGAAAGCUGGGAAUGAUCCUACUCCAGAUCCUUUCCAGGCCUCAUCGUGGUACCUCACCACCAGCGUCACAAUGACAACUAACACCAUGACCAGCCCGGAGCACUGCCAGAAGCAGCCCACAAGGAGUCAUGGUGUAACUGAAAAGAUGGGAGUUCGGAUCUUCCACAGCCCACCAGUGGUCCGUAGGUUUGAUAACUCAGUGAUAACUGGCAGUGAAGGGAAAAGCCAAGUGGAGCCAGACUUCCUGUUUUCUAUGACCAAAGCUAUGGGGAACGUUGCUGAGGCAAAAGGUCCUUCCUCCGACAUGUUUGGAAGAUGGUCUUGUGACCUGACCAAACACCAUAAGGAUUUUCUGGAGAAUGGUCUUCAUCCCAUUGAACGUCCUAUUUGCACUACUGUGGGCUUUGCCUCACCCUUGCACAGCUUGGAGAUGUCCAAAAACAUGAGCGAUGAUAUGAAGGAGGUUGCUUUCUCUGUCCGAAAUGCGAUACGCUCUAACUCUAAUUCAGGAGAGCCUCAGUUUAAGGACACCGCGUGUCAAACCAAUGGUAUGAGAACAACAGGGACACAGACCACCCAGACCAUCAGUGUUGGCUUGCAGACAGAAACCCUGCGCAGUAUCACCAGCAGUCCACACAAGUGUCUGACACCAAAGGGGGGGUCCACGCCUGUCUCUUCACCAUCCAGAAGCCUGAGAAGCAGGCAAGUGACCCCCGUCAUUGAAAAGGUCCAGGCUAAGUUUGAACGCACAUGCUGCUCCCCCAAAUAUGGCUCUCCAAAGCUGCAAAGAAAAAUUCUUCCCAAAUCAGACCAGCCAAAUAACAGGACUUUGCCUGGCACACCUCAGAAAGGAUUCAGUGAGUCUGCUUGGGCUCGAUCAACUACUACAAGGGAGAGUCCUGUCCAUACCACCAUCAAUGAUGGCCUCUCCAGUUUGUUCAACAUCAUUGACCAUAGCCCCAUCUUUCAUGAGACCUUCCAAAAAUGCCCCAGGUCUAGCAGCCGAUCCAGGUCAGCAGAACCCAGACCAGAGCUGGGCCCAUUGCAGGAGCCAUGUACUAAUGCCCGUGGCAGAUCACCCAGUCCUCUCCGUUUGGGUACAGAGACACAAAAGGAAGAUGGGACUGAGGUGACAAGUAUCAGGCAGGACUUAUCUGCUCCUCCAGGGUAUACACUUACAGAAAAUGCUGCCAGGAUCUUGAAUAAGAAACUUUUGGAGCAUGCCUUAAAGGAAGAGAGAAGGCUACCUUCACACAGCCCACCAAAUCUUAGCAAUGACAACAGCACAGGAGAAAUUGUCAAAGUAGAUCCAGGGUCCAUAGAGGAACUGCCUUGUUCUGCACUAGCCCCAUCCCUUGAACCCUGCUUCUCCCGGCCAGAGAGACCAGCGAACCGGCGCCCACCAUCCCGAUGGGCUUCACAUUCCCCUACUGCCUCACAGUCACAGUCAACCGGAGACCUGACUUCCUCAAAGGAAAGUGGAGGCAAGGAGCCGCCAGCGGAGGCUGUGAGCCAGGGAGACCAGUCGGCGUGAGCGGCUGCAGGCACUGCGCCGGGGCUGGCCUCUGCAGGGGGCCUGACGGAGGAGUCCCGUAGUGGAGGUCAAAGAAUGUUCUCAAACGCAGCUGCUGAAUGUCCGACCCCUGAAACCGAGGUGUUUCUAGAAUGAAACAGUUAAUGUGCCUGUAAUAACUUAAUUUUUUUUCAUAGCUGAGAAAACUAUUUUUGUCUCCAUCUUUUCUACAUACAGUAUAUUAACAAAAAAAAAAAAAAAAAAGGUAAAAAUGAUAUAAAGUAAGAUUUAAAAUAAAAUGUAAAUUAAGUUUUAAGGGAAUUUGAAUACGUGCUCACGCUCUCUCCAAAUACUGACUGCCUUUCGGUUAUAUUUGCACUGUUAUUUUUUCAGUUUCAGUUUGGGUUUUUUGGGUUGUUUUCGUUUUUGUUUUUGUCAUGUGAAACUAGAGUCUUAAGUUAAUUUUAUUCUAUUUUAAUGUCAGUGUUAUCAGUUUUUAAAUGUAAGUUUCUUAAAGGUGCUUCGACUGUCUGAAGCAAUACCUUUUAAGUAGCGAAGAAAGCCAUUAAGCUAGUUCACUAGAAUUGUAUUAGCUGAAAUGGAGGGGAAUACAGGUAAACACAAGAAAAAGUGUAAAAAAGAAUGCCUCAGAAAGUCGUAUGGCGUUAGCUGUAAAAUACACCUACGAUACUUGACUUGCAUGCCUCUGGGUCCUUGCACUUUAGUGCAUGUACAUACUGCUACUGUACUUCUGCCGUCACAUAAACGUGAGUCCAUCUGUUCCACUGUAAUAUUGUCGUGAGUUUACCUGUACUGUACUUUUAUUGUUGAUAUUCUUGCAUUGACUAUACAAAAGGAGUUUUUAAAUUAUUGUUAGCAGUUCAACUGGCUAUGUACAGUGUUUACUGAGAACUUCUUUCAUUUUGGGAAAACCAUUGAGAACUCUGGGCAUACCAACUUGUAACUGGCCUUGUUUAGGAGUCUGUCGGAGAUCAUGUGGAGUGGAAAUAAA